AUGUUUGGAAGACGUUAUGGAAUACCAAGUUCCCUCCGCAUUUCCACAGAUAGCCGGAAUGAGGUACAAUGCACCGGAUCACCACAUUCUUGUGAGUGUUCUAACAGGAAGAAUAUUAUGGAGUACCUUCAGAACGAUCCAACACUUCCUUAUCGAGAUUCCAUUAUGAAUGGCAGCAGAAAAGAAACAGCACUUACACCGCAAAGCGUAUUCUCAUCUGAUUGUGGAUACAUAUCUCCCAGUCUCAAAAACUUUCCUGAGAGCGCAAACGCUAUAUUUCUGACAGAACUCUCCGGGGAGAAUAAUUUUCAUGAACUUCCAGAUAGCAGCCUGUUGUCAGAACUUCCAGAAGGCAGUCUGAAUUAUGGUCAGUCAACCUCGGUCGCAGUUCAUAGCUUUUCAAACAAUCAAAAGCGAAUAUCAUCCACUUUACAAGCCAUAGUAUCUCCAAGUUCCGCAUCCAAAGGUCAUUUCGCAUCUCUUGACACACCUAAAGCUGGUUCAACAUUUGUUACAGAGUUUACAUGCGUUGAUGGUGAUCAAAUUGGCUCUAGAACCCCAUGGUACAUUGAAACUCAAGAGUCAAUUCCUAGUGCUGGCCAUUGCCUAUCAGAUGAUAUUGGCUUUGGUAACUCUGCAGAGUUUGAAAUGACCGAUACAACCGCUGAGAUGCGAACCCAGAUGGAUGCGGCGUGUCUGUCGCUAGAACCCUCAAUUUCCAUGACUCUCCAAUCCCCCAGAUUUCGUGGAUCGAUGUGCCCUGCAAUCCAGACGGACGUGCGAAGGUUCGGAAGUAACCUUGAUGCUAUUCAACAUCAAGGGCGGCUGUUCGAAGUUUCUCCUCAGAUAUCAUCACCAGAUACUGCUAGUACGGAUACUAGCAGCGAAACAUCUCCAAGCGAUUCGAGCUAUGGUCCUAGAGCCCCCCAAUCCGAUUAUACUUCUGCAACCAGCCCGAGAAGUAUAUUUCCGGGAGACGAACGGCUUGGGUUUGAGAAUGAAUUUUUCAGUAAAGCUCGGCAGCUAGUAAACCCAUCAGAAUCUAGUCACGAAAGGUACUUUGACCAAAGUUAUAGUCUGCAAUCAAAACAUCCAAAUGAUUUCAACUGGUUUGGCCUUGCAACUAUUCAGUUUGAGCUUGAUGAUUUGUGCAGAGAUCAGAAAAUGCAAGCUUCUUAUCAUCCUGAUUUCAAAGAAAACACUUUGGAGUCCGGGGAUAGGGGAGUUAUUGAUAAUCCUUUAACCGCAUACAUGGCACAAAGUGCCACAGCUAUUGAUCAAAGACUUCCAAACAACUUCCCCACCGGAGAUGCUGCCCAAUACCUGCAAUCAACAAUUCAAUGUGGACUUGACUGCUUGAAUAAUUUCAUACCCGGAGCGGAAAAGUUUGCGACGACCGGCGCUGCUACUUUUACUCCGACCAUGGACACUGAGAAUCAAUUCGCUCUCAACUUCUUUGGGACUUAUGAAGAAAAACAUGCAUCUCCGUGGUCUGCAGAAAACGUGCGAGGAUUUAAUAAGAAUUUUAAUUUCGCUACCAUACCCGAGACCCAAUUGCCAAUAGAAGAAGAACAAGCAAGAAUAUCCACAUACGACACUCCAUCCCCGAAGUCUGACACCAAGGUCAUAAGAUGUUCUUAUGCAGGCUGCAAUUAUGAGCCGGGCGGAGAAGACCAAUGGAAAUCAGGCAAUUUAAGACGACACGAGAAAGAAAAGCACAAGAUAACACUUAAGGAUCGGGUAGUUUGCAAAAUGAGAGACUGCAAAGCGACAUUUACAAGAACAGGAAACCGCGAUGCACACUUAGAGAAUAUGCAUGGUGCUGUAAUUGUUAGACAAAAGCGAAAUCGAAGAAAUUCGAUGGCGGAAAAUACCAAACAGCCAAGAGCCGGCAGGAGAAUUACAAAAGCACCACGAAAAAUCGGUGGAAUGACAAACAGACCUAAGCAGAAUCGAUCGCAAUCAGUUCCUGAAGUGUUGAGAAACACUGAAUUCUGA